GCACAAUUAUGUGGUAAAUAUUACUUUGAAGAAUUUAAUAAGAUUCGAACGACAUUCAGCCAUUAUAAGAGAUAUAUAAAUGAAAUUAAUAGCAUUGAAGAUACUAUUCUAAGACAUGUUGCCUUAUAUCUUGUAGAAAAUUUUGAAGGACACAAACAGCACCUUACUCCAGAUGGAACGAGAUAUAAUAAUAUUGACUGCGAAGUGUUGAACAGAUGGCUAGACCAAAGGAAAAGUUUCUACACAUAUGGAAAUAAUUGCAAAGCAAAUGAACGUUUAUGGGAUGAAAAAAUUAAACCAUUAUGGGAUAAGUUGAAUGAAAAUAAUAUUUGUGCGAGAAAAGAAGUAUUCGCUAAAAAUGCUUAUAUUCCUAAAGAAUUGCUUCCUCUUACGUGUUACAAAUAUAUUCCUGAAAAUUAUGAGUGUGCUCCACCUUUAGAUAUAUUCACAUGA